AUGGCACAGGCUACAUGGCAGGAGAAGGUCGAGAUCAAAAUAUCUCAAGCCAGGGCCAACAUUCCAUCGGAGUGGCGUCUCCCGGACUGCUACCUGGGGCUAUCGCAGGACACCUCUCAAGCCGUUCUGGAUAUCCCUUGUCGUUGCGGGAUUCUAACUGACAGAGAGAUUCAUAUCACUGAGGACUUCGAUGCAACUGCUUUACUUGAGAAACUUGGCUCUCGCGAGUUCAGUGCAGUUGAAGUUACUACCGCGUUCUGCAAGCGUGCAGCAAUUGCCCACCAGCUGACCUCAUGUCUAACGGAGACGUUCUUCGACAUGGCCCUCCGCAGGGCUCAAGAGUUGGACGACCACCUCGCGGCCACUGGAGAGAGAAUAGGACCUCUCCAUGGCCUCCCUAUCAGCGUCAAAGAAUGCUACAAUGUUGCUGGUGUGCCAACCACUAUGGGGCUUGUCUCCUUCCUCGACCGGCCGCCACAACAGACAAACUCUGUCUUGGUGGAUGUUUUGCUAGCAGCUGGGGCGGUCUUCUAUGUUAAAACAAAUAUCCCGCAGACAAUGAUGACGCUCGACUCGCAUAAUAAUGUUUUUGGCCGGACCCUGAAUCCGCAUCGCUUGAACCUCACGGCUGGUGGAAGUACCGGUGGUGAGGGCGCACUACUCGCCAUGCGAGGAUCUCUCCUUGGGAUCGGAACAGACUUUGCUGGGUCAAUCCGUGUACCGGCGCUGUGCUGUGGAAUUGUUGGCUUCAAACCUUCGGCAAGCCGGGUCCCCUACGGUGGUAUAAUGUCCGCGGCAAGGCCUGGCAUGGCAGGCUUCCUACCCUGUGCUGGUCCCCUCUGCCACACUGUCCGGGACGCCGAGCUGCUGCUAAAAGUCGUGUUAAAUUCAAAUGCUGCGGACCUAGACGAUAAUGUGUUGGGCGUUCCAUGGAAUGCUGCGCGUCAGAAACCGUCGCUCCGGGUCGGUGUGUUGCCGGAAGACCCUUUGUACCCUCUGCAUCCUCCAAUGCAGCGUACUCUCAAUAGAGCAGUGGCUAAGCUGAUAGCCGCGGGGCAUGAAGUGGUCGACAUUUCAAAGCAAAUGCCAUCCAUCUCCGAAGCGAAAGACGUGGCCUUUCGGUUCUUUAACAUGGACCCCGCGCGCACCGCGUUGACUCACGUCACCAAAGGUGGUGAACCGUUUAUCCCGUCGCUGAAAUCGACAUAUGAUCUUGACCGGAGUGCUCCAGAGCCUCAGCUUCUGGAACUGUAUGAGCUGAAUGUGGCCAAGGCUAGGCUCCUCACACCAAUGAGGCAGGUAUUCGUUGAGAACAAGGUGGACGUCAUUAUUGGCCCCGCCUACCAGAGCUGCGCUGUACCCCAUGACACUUACGGUGUAGCCACAUACACUGUGUUCUGCAAUCUCUUUAACAACCCAGCUCUUGUCAUACCGUUUGGAAAGGCAAACGCAGCCCAAGACGCCGAGUAUAUCCGGGAUGUUCCGUACACGCCGCAGUAUAAACCAAAGGAAGUUGAAGGCGCACCUUGCCAUAUCCAGGUGAUAGGGAGACCUAUGAGGGAUGAAGAUCUCAUACAAGAUGCCUUCAUUAUUGAAAGGCUGUUGCAAGGUUAA